GAAGGAGGAGAAGAAGAGGACGGAGAAAGAAGCAAAGAUGGGAGAGGUUGAGGAAGAGGGAAAUGAGAGACAGGAGGAGAAAGGUGGAGCAGGAGGAGGCACUAAAGUGAAGGAAAAGGAAAUUAUAACAAUUAAGCCAAAGGAGGCCAGUUCCCCCGCAAAGAGAGACAAAGAGAGGAAGAGAGAAUCACCCACUAAACACAAUCAAAAGGAAAGGAGAAGUGGAGAAGGAGGGAGGACAGAAGGAAGAAGUUAGAUCAGAGGAGAAAACCAGGAAAAGGAGAGAAAAGGACCCGAGAGCAGAAAGGAGAAUACGCAAUAAGGACCGACCAACCAUGGCCCUCUACCGCCCUGGCCAGACCAGGCUGAGCGCAAACAGGGCCAAGCAGGACCGCACGGAGGCCGAUGACACCUCCUCCUCCAGCCCCAGUCCGUCAUGCAGCAGGGGAGGAGAGACAAACAAGAAACCCACGGAGUCCAGGAAGGAUGAAGCCCUCGGCGGCGGCAACCCCUGCACUCCCCCCAAGAGCCCAGAUGGCAGCCAGAGCGAAAACACAACGAAAGAAGAAGCUCUGGGAGGGGACAAGGAGGGUGCUGGUUGGAUGGGGAGCGGCAAGACGGAAGACCAGUCUUCAGAGAUCAAGAGGGAGACCACAGAUGACAUCAAAGUCAGGGACGGGGCUGAGGAUAUGGAGAUGCAGGAUGGAAGGGCAGAGGCAAACAAGGAGGGCAAGAAGUACCCUGGGGUGAAAAGCAUGACCUUCCGGAGGAGUGUUAGCCGAGAGUGAA